AUGAAACAUGAUGAUGAGGACAAUGAUAUAAUAAUAGAUUCUGUAGAGGUGCCUGAUUCAUACAAACCUCCAAAAAAUCCUAUUGUAUUCUGUCAUGGCUUAUCAGGGUUUGACAAGCUGAUUCUGAUCCCUUCGGUAUUCCAUCUAACAAAUUUGAUCUCCAAUUCAAUAGUACACAAUAUGACAGAAAAUUUCAUGCAAGAUGACGACGACGAAAGUGAUACAAAAUACCCGAAUUUGAUAGAGAUCGAGUACUGGAUUGGUGUGAAAAAGUUUCUUCAAUCUAAGGGGUGUAGUGUAAUCACCACCAAGGUGCCGGGUUUCGGUAGUAUUGAAGAAAGAGCAAUGGCCUUAGAUGCUCAACUACAGAAAGAAGUACAGAAGAUCGAGUCAAAGGAUGAGCGGCAUUCGUUGAACUUAAUCGCACACUCAAUGGGCGGGCUGGAUUGCCGAUAUUUGAUUUCCAAUAUCAAGAAUAGGAACUACGACGUAUUAAGUCUGACCACUAUUUCGACUCCACACAGGGGGUCGGAGAUGGCCGAUUAUGUAGUCAACCUUUUCGAAAACCUAAACACUUUGCGAGUGAGUCAAACGAUAUUGCCAAUAUGUUUUUAUCAAUUAACCACGACAUAUAUGAAAUACUUCAACUUAAUUACACCCAACAGUCCCAAAGUCUCUUAUUUUUCGUAUGGUUGCUCCUUUGUACCAAAAUGGUACAGCGUCUUUUGCACGCCCUGGAAAAUUGUUUACGAGAGAUCUAAAGGUCGGCCAAACGACGGUCUGGUGACAAUAGAUAGUAGCAAAUGGGGUGAAUAUAGAGGAACUUUAAAAGAUAUGGAUCAUUUGGAUGUCAUCAAUUGGAAAAAUAAGUUACAAGAUGAUUGGAGUAAAUUUUUUCAUACCAAUACCAUCGGGGAAAAAGUUGACAUUUUGAAUUUUUAUUUGAAGAUAACGGAUGAUUUGGCAAAAAGAGGAUUUUAA